ACCUGUUAUAAAACGGGUGCAUGACUUCUUGUCAGUUAAUAAACAACAAAAAGUCGGCCAGUCAGCUGCGGUAAACACACACUGUGUAGUUGAGUGACACGCCUAUUGUGGUUUUACCUUACGCGCGCGCGCCCGUGUACGUCUGAAAAAACAGGUUUGACGAGGACACACCUGAAGGAAGAAAAGGAAGCUUUGUGUGCGAGGACUCGGCUCUCACCUCCAUUUUUGACCUUUGUGGACGGCGGACGGAUCGCAAUCAAACGAAGGAAACGUUUGAAUUGACUUUUGUUUUUUUUUUUCAAAAAAAACUUUAUUGAUUCUACUAUGAAGAUGUGGAUUGUCCUCGUGCUUGCCGCUCUCGUGGCGGGAGCUUCGGCCCAAAGCUGUUCAUGUGAUAGCAUGAAGUGGGCCACCUGUGAUGGAAAUCCUUGUAAAUGUUACGUGAUGGUCGGUGACCAAAUGAAGCAGACGCUUGACUGCUCUGCAUUGAUCCCCAAGUGCUUCUUGAUGAAGGCUGAGAUGUACAGAGCCAAAAAAGGCCUCGACACCCGAACGAUUGGAGGAAAGCCCGUAGAAACGGCUUUUGUGGACAACGACGGCAUCUACGACCCCGAGUGCGAGAACGACGGCAAAUUCAAGGCCAAGCAGUGCAACAACACCGAGGAGUGUUGGUGCGUCAACAGCGCCGGUGUGCGCCGAACUGACAAGGGAGACAAGAACCUCAAAUGCGAGAAGCUGGUGGAGACCUACUGGGUUCGUCUUCAGCUGACGCACAAACCCAUGAACGGGAAAAUGGAUGAGAGCAAAAUGACAGCGGCUAUUGCAGAUGCUAUUAACAAGCGAUACGGCAACUUUAACAAAGACCUGGUGAAAAAGGUUGAGUACGACGAAGAUGCCCGCAUGAUUGUGGUGGAUGUGAUGAAACCCAAAGGAGACCGUAAGAACGACCUCACCCAAAUGGCCUACUACAUGGAGAAGGAUGUAAAAGUGCUGCCCCUGUUCAAGAACCAAGAUAAAUUCGAGCCCGUUGUCAAUGGCCAGAAGGUGGAGAUGGAGAACAUCCUGGUGUACUACGUGGACGAGGAGGCGCCGACGUUCACCAUGAAGCAUCUCACCGGCGGCAUCAUUGCGGUCAUCGUGGUGGUGGUGCUGGCGGUGGUCGCCGGCCUUCUGCUUCUGUUUUUCUUCCGAAGGCGCCAGAGUCAGAAGUACAACAAAGCUCAGCAACGAGAGAUGGAUCCCAUGUAAGUUCUUCGUCGCUGCAGGAGUCCGUAAAGCGUCGACUUUGGAUGCAGUGUGCCAUGGUUGCCAUUUUUACUUGAGGAAGACAAAUUUUUUUCUGUAAAGGAACAAUCAAAUGCUCGUCGUCAUCGGCACAGUUCAUACUGCCUUCUAUUUAUAAAUGUCAAGUUGUCAGCAUUCAACAUCCACGCCUUCAAGAGAUAAUGUGCUUUUUAAAAGUCCUAGCAAACGUCGCAUUUUAAUUUUAAAGCAGAUGUUCAUUUGGUUGUACAGUUUCUUACAAGUAUGUGUGUUGUUGUUGGAUUUAUUUUUAAUAAAUGUUUUAAAGACACCA